AUGGACCUCGACAUGGUCGUGGACGUGGACGUGGUCGUGGACGUGGUCGUGGACGUGGACGUCGACGUGGACGUGGACGUGUUCGUGGACGUGGAUGUCGACGUGGACGUGGACCAGGACGUGGACGUGGACGUGGACGUGGUCGUGAACCUGGACAUGGUUGUGGACGUGGACGUGGACGUGGACUUGGACGUGGACGUGGACGUGGACUUAGACGUCGACGUCGACGUGGUCGUGGACGUGGAUGUGGACAUGGUCGUGGACGUGGACAUGGACAUGGUCGUGGACGUGGACGUGGUCGUGGACGUGGUCGUGGACGUGGUCGUGGACGUGGACGUGGACGUGGACCGGGACGUGGACGUGGACGUCGACGUGGACGUGGACGUGGUCGUGGACGUGGACCUGGAUGUGGACGUGGACCAGACGUGGACAUGGACGUGGUCACGUGGACCUGGACGUGGUCGUGGACGUGGACUUGGACGUGGACGUGGACGUGGACGUGGCAUGGUCGUGGACGUGGACGUAGUCGUGGACGUGGACGUGGUCGUGGACGUGGAUGUGGACGUAGACAUGGACCUCGACAUGGUCGUGGACGUGGACGUGGUCGUGGACGUGGUCGUGGACGUGGACGUCGACGUGGACGUGGACGUGUUCGUGGACGUGGAUGUGGACGUGGACGUGGACCACGACGUGGACGUGGACGUGGACGUGGUCGUGAACCUGGACGUGGUUGUGGACGUGGACGUGGACGUGGACUUGGACGUGGACGUGGACGUGGACGUGGACUUGGACGUCGACGUCGACGUGGUCGUGGACGUGGAGGUGGACAUGGUCGUGGACGUGGUCGUGGACGUGGUCGUGGACGUGGUCGUGGACGUGGACGUGGACGUGGACCGGGACGUGGACGUCGACGUCGACGUGGACGUGGUCGUGGAAGUGGACGUGGAUGUGGACGUGGACCAGACAUGGACAUGGACGUGGUCGUGGACGUGGACGUGGACGUGGUCGUGGACGUGGACGUGGUCGUAG